GCUCAUUUAAAGAUAAGAUUUCCAGCUCUAACAUUACUCCACAAUCCCACACCAUUAAUUACUUUAAAUACCUUAUUUAAACAAAUGUUGAUGCCAAUCUGAAAAUACUCAGUAAUUCACAAUUACGAAGAAAGUGUUAUAUCCUGAAGAACAACAAUGAAUGCAUUAGUAGCAACCAACAGAAACUUUAAGCUAGCAGCCAGGCUUCUUGGUUUGGACUCUAAGCUUGAAAAAAGUCUUCUCAUCCCUUUCAGGGAAAUCAAGGUUGAAUGCACCAUACCGAAAGACGACGGCACCUUGGCUUCUUUUGUUGGGUUCAGGGUUCAACAUGACAAUGCAAGAGGUCCCAUGAAAGGAGGAAUAAGAUAUCACCCUGAGGUUGAACAUGAUGAAGUGAAUGCUUUAGCACAACUAAUGACAUGGAAGACUGCAGUUGCUAAUAUUCCAUAUGGUGGUGCUAAAGGUGGGAUAGGAUGUGAUCCAAGAGACUUAAGCAUAUCUGAGUUAGAACGGCUUACUCGAGUUUUCACCCAGAAGAUACAUGACCUAAUUGGUAUCCACGCUGAUGUUCCAGCCCCUGAUAUGGGUACAGGUCCACAGACAAUGGCAUGGAUGCUAGAUGAAUACUCCAAAUUCCAUGGCUAUUCACCUGCUGUAGUGACUGGAAAACCGAUUGAUCUUGGAGGAUCACUCGGCAGAGAUGCAGCUACAGGAAGAGGAGUGCUCUUUGCCACAGAAGCCCUUCUUAAUGAGCAUGGAAAGGCCAUCUCUGGGCAAAAAUUUGUGAUACAGGGUUUUGGAAAUGUCGGUUCCUGGGCUGCUAGACUCAUCCAUGAAAAGGGUGGGAAGAUUGUUGCUGUAAGUGAUAUCACAGGAGCCAUAAAGAACAGCAAAGGGAUUGAUAUUCCCAGGCUACUCAACCAUGUCAAAGAAAACAAGGGUGUCAAAGGAUUUGAGGGCGCGGAUUCGUUAGAUCCGGAGUCAAUUCUGGUCGAAGACUGUGACAUACUCAUUCCAGCAGCACUUGGUGGCAUCAUCAACAGGGAAAAUGCAAAUGAGAUUAAAGCUAAGUUCAUCAUUGAAGCUGCUAAUCAUCCGACCGAUCCCGAGGCUGACGAGAUCUUGUCGAAGAAAGGGGUCAUUAUCCUUCCCGACAUAUACGCCAACUCCGGUGGAGUGACGGUUAGUUACUUCGAGUGGGUGCAGAACAUUCAAGGCUUCUUGUGGGAUGAGGAAAAGGUGAACAAUGAGCUAAAGACAUACAUGACCAAAGCAUUCAAAGAUGUUAAAAAGAUGUGUCAGGUGCACAACUGCGACCUCCGUAUGGGAGCCUUCACUCUCGGGGUUAACCGUGUUGCGCGAGCGACUGUUAUGCGAGGCUGGGAAGCAUAAGAUGCUAUAUGCCGGGUUGAAUAAAGAUGGAAGCCACCAUGAAGCCCCUGAUAUUUGUCCACAGUAUUGCUGUAAACCCUCAUUCAUGAGGAGCAACAAAAUUAGUUUAGCCAUUUUCGUUUGCUGCUUUAUGACCAGCAGUUUUGUCCCCCAAAAGAUGUUUCAUUACUUAUUAUGAUUUUGAUAAGGUUUAUGGCUGAAUCAUAUUCAUAAUUGAUAGCAACAAAA